ACCCCACCACUGUUCCCAAAGCUCUUGUGCUCAUAUAACUACAGCGCAGGCGCGAACCUAAAUGCAGCCUGCCAGCAGUGUGCGCGGUGACAGCUGCACUGAUGAUAUCAAUGAACGUGUCCAGCGGUAAUAACAACCCGCAUAGCACCCACAGUAAGAAGCAUAAGAAGAAAGGAAAGAAACAUCGAAAAGGAUCCGGUGACAACCUCCCCAGUUUGGAUAUUGGGUCCCAGAUUCCCACCGCAGAUGAGUUGUGUCGCAUCCUUACAAUACACAGGCCUGCGACUCCACCAAAAACCUCUCCCACCCCUCCCCUCAACCUGUCCCAGAGGCCCCCGGACCUCCAACCCCCUGCCCCAAUCAACCUGUCCCAGAGGCCCCCGGACCGCCAACCCCCGGACCUCCAACCCCCUGCCCCACUCAACCUGUCCCAGAGGCCCCCGGACCUCCAACCCCCUGCCCCACUCAACCUGUCCCAGAGGCCCCCGGACCUCCAACCCCCUGCCCCACUCAACCUCUCCCAGAGCCCUCCCCAUCUCUUACGUCCUUCUGCUUUAACCACCAGGCCACUUCCUAUACCACUAACUCCCUCCUCUGACACUCUGACCACCCCCGUACUAUCCACCCCCGUACUAUCCACCCCUGUACUGUCCACCCCUGUACUGUCCUCUCCCAUAGCACCCUCACUAGGGAUCCCUCCAAUUCCGUUCUCUACUCCACCUAAACCACUGACCUCCUCAUCUCAGACCACCUCUCCGCAGGCUCUCAGCCCACCCCCACCUGACUUCACCCCUCCACCAACAGAGCUGCUCGGAUCAGAUGAUGAGGAGCAGGAGGACCCAUCGGAUUACUGCAAAGGUGGGUACUACCCAGUGAAGAUUGGAGACUUGUUCAAUGGCCGAUAUCACGUAGUCAGAAAGCUUGGUUGGGGUCACUUCUCUACUGUAUGGCUAUGCUGGGACCUGCAGAGGAAGCGCUUUGUGGCACUGAAAGUGGUGAAGAGUGCUCUGCAUUACACAGAGACGGCGCUGGAUGAGAUUAAACUGCUCAGAUGUGUGCGAGACAGUGACCCUACAGACCCCAAACGAGAGACCAUUGUACAGCUUAUUGAUGACUUUAAGAUAUCCGGGGUCAAUGGCGUGCAUGUGUGUAUGGUGCUGGAGGUUCUGGGUCACCAGCUGCUGAAGUGGAUCAUCAAGUCCAACUACAUGGGUCUUCCUCUAGUCUGUGUGAAGAGCAUUCUCCGACAGGUUCUGCAGGGCCUGGACUACCUGCACACCAAAUGUAAGAUCAUCCACACCGACAUCAAGCCGGAGAACAUCCUGCUGGAUGUAGAUGAGGUGUACGUCAGACGGCUGGCUGCAGAGGCCACUGUGUGGCAGCAGUCAGGAGCCCCUCCUCCCUCGGGCUCCUCAGUUAGCACCGCCCCAAGGGAGAACCAGAACGGCAAGGUGACCAAGAACAAGAAGAAGAAGCUGAAGAGGAAGGCCAAGCGGCAGCAGCGUCUGCUGGAGGAGAGACUGGUGGACCUUCAGAAGAUGGAGGAUCUGGACGGGACUUCUCCACCAGACCCUUCCAACCCUCUACGCACCCCCUGCGGACAGGACGACGACGCUGGGGACCCAGAGAGGAAUGCCAACAACUCCUCUGUGGUGAAGGGGAAUGAAAACGGGAACUGCUACACCCACGUCUCGUCCACGGCUAACACCAAGGCCAACCCGGAGUCUGGCUCGUUGUGGAUCGAGGAGGGUUGGAACGGCCACAACCCCAUGCGUUUCUGCAGCCCUGGCUCUGGGAUGUCUGCUGGCUCCAUACUGUCAGCCACGUCUGAGUCAGCACUGUCUACCCUGUCAGGCUACUCCACCGGGAGAGACAGCCAACGCUCCGGACUGUCCCCCAGCAUGUUCAGCGCAGCAGAUUUCCUGGUCAAUCCCCUGGAACCACAGAAUGCUGACAAAAUACGCAUCAAGAUAGCAGACCUGGGAAAUGCCUGUUGGGUGCACAAACACUUCACAGAAGACAUCCAGACACGUCAGUACCGUGCCCUGGAGGUGUUGAUAGGGGCAGAAUACGGCACUCCAGCAGACAUCUGGAGCGUAGCCUGCAUGGCGUUUGAGUUGGCUACAGGGGACUACCUGUUCGAGCCCCACUCAGGAGAGGACUACACUAGAGAUGAAGAUCACAUUGCACACAUCAUUGAGUUAAUGGGAGCCAUUCCGCCCCCUUUUGCUCUGUCUGGGAGAUAUUCACGAGAAUACUUUGACAGGCGAGGUGAGCUGAGGCACAUAGCCAACCUGAAGCCAUGGGGUCUGUUUGAGGUGCUGUUGGAGAAGUAUGAGUGGCCACUGGAGCAGGCGGCCCAGUUCAGUGACUUCCUCCUCACCAUGCUGGACGUCACACCAGAGAAGAGAGCCACUGCCGCUCAGUGUUUGCAGCACCCCUGGCUCAACUUGUAGACUACUGUCCACCACCACAACACAACUACCAUGCGUCUAACCUUUAAUGUAUACCACUGAGUCCAUACUGUACCACUAAGUCAGUGUGGUUAUUCUCAGCCUAGAUGGAGAUCUUUUCUAAAUGAAACGUUGAGUAUUUAUCUAAAGUUAAUAUAAACUGACGUUACCAUUACUCUGAGCACAUAAGUAGCAUUAACCUAAAUCUACAGAUUCUUUGUAUUUAUUAAAGCAGCAUUACAGGUUCUAUAAAUGGUUGGGAUGAAUAUGAUAUCUGUAGUUUGUUUUAAAAUGGAUGAUCUACUUCUCAUUGUGCUGAGUCACAUUUGUUAAAAUAGUGCCUUGAUAUGCCAGGUGUACAAAAAAAGUCUACAAAAAAAAUCCUUCACUUUGUUUUAUACAUGUCGCCAAACUGUAUGUGGAAUGCUUAUUUUGUGAACAUAAAAUGUGUUUAAACAUGACUGAAAGAAAGGCCAGAUAUCUUACAACCUGUAUUCUUCAGAAAUAAAUCUUUAAACCAGA